CAAUACUCUACAGAUCGUGUUCUUUGUUUUCACAUUCAGAUGGGGGCAGUCCGAGGAAUCGAAGAGGAAUUCUGUUGAUAAGUGAAUCUUCAUCGGAAUUAUGUGCGUCUGACAAGAGGAAGAGAAAAAAAAUAAGAGGAACAGUUUUCAAAUUCCUGCUUCAGACAAGUCUUAGCCAUGGAGAAUUACACAUCGGACUCGAGUGACUCUGACUCCUACGUGAAAACCCUGGACCUCUCGUACCUGAUGCUGGAUGCAGACCUGCUGGGCCAGCACCUAGUAUCAACGAAGGACGUUGAGAACAUCGAGACACUGCUACUAAACCACAACCGAAUAAACUCAGUCCCCCACACCCUCUCAAUAUUCAAGCACUUGCACACCCUGGACCUAUCCAACUGCAACCUGACACGCCUCCCCGACUGCAUGGGGGAAUCACCCUUGAGGUGUCUUAUCGCCAAAAACAAUAGCCUCACCAACGACUCGUUACCAAAGACCUUCGACAAUGUCCUCAACCUCAGGGAACUCAAUCUCAGUGGAAACAGGCUCACCGAUUUUCCUGAUCAGGUGUUGGAGCUGUUGGAGCUAAAGUACCUCUAUCUCGGGGGAAACAUGAUCAGCGAGAUCAGAAAGGAGAUAUGGAAGAUGCAGAAGCUUCAGGUGCUGUCCAUGGGUGGAAACAGGUUGACCGAGGUACCAAGCACUGUGGGAAGACUGACUGCCCUUCAAGGACUUAUCCUCUGUGAUAAUAUGUUAGAGAGCUUGCCCUCCACUGUCGCUAAUCUCAAGAACCUCAAAUCACUGCUUCUCCAUCAGAACAGACUCAGAACACUCCCAACGGAGAUUAUCACACUUAGAGGGCUCACUGAGCUUUCCCUCCGGGACAACCCUCUGGUCGUCCGAUUCGUUUCCGAUAUGACACACAAUCCCCCCUCAUUACUGGAAAUCGCAGCGAGAAUAAUAAAAACUUUGAAUAUAAGCUACGACGAGAUUGGACUACCCAAAACUCUGAUUGAUUAUCUCAAUUGUGGUCAUCGGUGUGUCAAUCCCAAGUGUCAAGGGGUUUUCUUCGACAAUCGAGUCGAGCACAUCAAAUUUGUGGAUUUCUGUGGUAAAUAUCGACUCCCAUUGUUGCAAUAUUUGUGUAGCAGCAAAUGUAUUGGACCACGUGAUGGAGAUGAGGAAGUUGUCAGUGGUGCAAUGAUAAGAAAAGUACUUCUCGGUUAAAUAAAUCGGGAUUACGUCUCCGAUGGGUGAUACUAGAUAGAAUUUUGUAAGGAUUUUUUCUCUUUUUUGAAAAUAAAAAAUAGUAUUCUGUAAACAUUUCAA